GUUUUCCUUUGAGGAGGUGGCCGUGUAUUUCACUGAGGCAGAGUGGGCCCUACUGGAUCUGGACCAAAGAGAUCUCUACAGGGAAGUCAUGCUGGAGGCCUAUGGGAGCAUAUCCUCCCUGGGCAUUUGGACUUUCUGGACAGGGCAGCGUUCCACCAGCGUUCCACCGCCCCACACCACAUUGAAUUACGCCACCAUUCUCAGCAAUCAGAACAUGUUGACAAGACAGUUGGGGAAUUCCAGGGGUUCUUACUGGAAACAGGCAAUGGAGAACUAUCUCAAUGUACCUUCAGGGAUCAAAAGAGACCAGAGAGUCAGGAAAGAAGUCAUGAAAAAGAGAUGAGCAAGAAAUACAUUCCUUUCUCAGGAGGCAGUUUUCACGAUGUAAUUGACAUGGCAGAAAAAACAUACAAAUACUUUGAAUGGGGAUUGAAUUUAUCAAUCAAUGAUAAAUUUAUCAGUCAAUGUGUCAGUUUCCAAAAGCUCCCUGUAAUGAAGGCCCAUAAUUGCUUCCAGUGUGGAAAGAGCUUCGUUUGUGCAGAAGAGCUCAUUAGACAUGAAAGAAUCCAUAUAGGACAGAAACUGUAUUGCUGUUCAGAUUGUGGCAAGAGAUUCACAGAGGAUGCAGAUAUUGUUCAACACAAGAGUUCCCACCAUUCAAGGGAGAAGAUAUUUAUCUGUUUAAAGGGUGGAAAGACUUUAUCUGAAAGGAAGGAACAUAAUUGUGGAAAGAGAUUCAACUGCAGUGUCGAUCUUCAGCAGCAUCUACAAACAGACACAUUGGAGGAGCCUUUUGAGUGCUCAAAGUGUGGAAAGAGAUUCAGUCAGAGCGGCAGUCUUCAGGAGCAUGUACGAACCCACGAAGCAAAGAAACCUUUUGAAUGCUCAGAGUGUGGGAAGGGAUUCAGUCAGAAUCACCAUCUUCAACAGCAUUUAAGAACACACAGAGUUGAGAAACUUUUUGAAUACUCAGAGUGUAGAAAGAGAAUCAGUCAGAGAGCAAACUUUCAGCAGCAUCAAAGAAUUCACAAAGGGGUGAAACCUUUUGAAUGCUCCAAGUGUGGAAAGAGAUUCCAUCAGAAUGUCCAUCUUCAAAAGCAUUUAAGGACCCACACAGCGGAGAAACCUUUUGCGUGCUCAAAGUGUGGAAAGAGAUUUAGUCAGUUGGACAGCCUUCAAGUGCAUCAAAGACACCACAGGGGAAAAAAAAGUUUUGAAUGCUCAGUGUGUGGCAAGAAAUUUAGUCAGAGGGGCAGUCUCCAAAUGCAUCUAAGAACUCACACAGCAGAGAAACCUUUUGAGUGCUCAGAGUGUGGAAAGAGAUUCAGUCAGAGUGCCAACCUUCAACGGCAUCAAAGAAUCCACACAGGUGAGAAACCUUUUGAAUGCACAAUGUGUGGAACAAGAUUCAGUCAGAAGGGCAAUCUUCAAAAGCAUUUAAGUAUUCAUACAGGAGAGCAACCUUUUGAAUGUGCAGAGUGUGGAAAGAAAUUCAGUCAGAAGGGCAAUCUUCAUGUUCAUCUAAAAACCUACACAGGAAAGAAUCCUUUUGAUUGCUCAGAGUGUGGAAAGCAAUUCAGUCAGAGGUGCAGCCUUCGACAGCAUCUAAGAACCCAUAGAGAGAAGAAAAUGUUUGAAUGUCCAGAGUGUGGAAAGAAAUUCAGUCAGAAAGGCAGUUUUCAAUUGCAUCUAAGAACUCAUGAAGGUGAGAAACUUUUUGAAUGCUCAGAGUGUGGAAAGAGAUUAAGUCAGAAUGACCAUCUUCAACAGCAUUUAAGAACCCACACAGUGGAGAAACCUUUUGAGUGCUCAGAGUGUGGAAAGAGAUUCCAUUACAGUGGUAGUCUUAAACGGCACAUACGUACCCACACAGGGGAGAAACCUUUUGAAUGCCCAGAAUGUGGAAUGCAAUUUAGUCAUAAGGGCAAUCUUCAAAGGCACUUAAGAUCCUACACAGGGGAGCAACCUUUUGAUUGCCCCAAGUGUGGAAAGCAAUUCAGUCAGAGAUGCAGCCUUCAACAGCAUCUAAGAAUUCAUAGAAGUGAGAAACCUUUUGAAUGCCCAGAGUGUGGAAAGCAAUUCAGUCACAGUAGCAACUUUCAUAUGCAUCAAAGAACCCACAUAGGGGAGAAACCUUUUGAAUGCUCAGAAUGCGGAAGGAAAUUCAGUCAGAGAGGUACUCUUCAACAACAUCUAAGAAUCCAUACAGCAGAGAAACCUUUUGAAUGCUCAGAGUGUGGAAAGAGUUUCAGGCACAGGGGCAGUUUUCAGGUGCAUCAAAGAACCCACACAGGGGAGAAACCUUUUGAAUGCUCAGAAUGUGCAAAGAGAUUCAGUAGGAGUGGUCAUCUUGAACAGCAUCUAAGAAUCCACACAGGGGAGAAACCUUUUGAGUGCUCAGAUUGUGGAAAGAGAUUCAGUCAGAGUGGCCAUCUUGAAAAGCAUUUAAGAACCCACACGGGGCAGAAACCUUUUGAAUGUUCAGAAUGUGGAAAGAGAUUCAUUCAGAAAUCCCACCUUCAACAACAUCAAAGAACACACAAGAGGGGGAACCAUUUUACAUCUUAAUAGCAACCACAGAGUAUACACGCAUAAACUCUGGAAAUACUUUGUCAUGAAUGAAGCCUCAAGUAGAUGUCAGUGGGAAAGCAGCAAGGAUGAAUUCUGAGAGUGGUUGCAUAGCAGGAUUUUCAUUAAAUCAUGGGUUUCCAUUGUUGGCCCUGCAUUUUUAAUAGUUGUGAUCUUUUAUCAGUUUUGUCAUAUGGUCAAUCUGAUUUCUUUAAUUUUGGAUUGUUAAUGAAAGUAGUUGCUGAAAUAUUAGAUCACCUUUUAACUAAGAGUUAAGUUUAGACUUCUAAUCUAGCAUAAAAAGUUAAUUAGCACAUAUCAGAUAUAUUUUGGACACAUUUGUGGUUAAGGACCAAUCAUUUAUCUAGAUGAUGAUCAUUUGUGAGAAAAGUUUAGCAUAUCAUCAGCAUGCUGGGGGUUUUUUCUGUCUAUAAGCCUAUGAAUGUGAUUAGCAAAUGAGAUUUCUCUGGAUGGAACUCCUAGAAGAGACUGAAUGAGCUUUUUGUUUGUAGGUGUGACUUGUGUUUAUAUGGCUAGAUUUGAAUCCAGUGGCACCUUAGAGACAAAGAAGAUUUUCUGGGUGUAAGGUUUCAAAAAUCAAAGCUCCCUUCUUCAGAGAAAUAAAUGUAUAUUUAUGAAAAUUUGUUCAAGCAGUUUAAGAAAUCUGGCUUGGUUUGUAUAUUCUAACAUAGUUGACAAAUUUUAGAAUAUUUAAUUUGAUUGGUACGUGUUUUUCCAGCAGUUAUACAGUUUGUUUAAAACUGUUUUUAUCUGUGUAAUAAUAAUAAUAAAGAAAAUGUGAAAACUGA